AUGGCGGCAUCUACAGGCUACUCCCGAACGAGCACGAGCAGCAAGAGCCUCGAGGUCAAGUGGAAGAUGCGAGUUCCUCGGUCUCCUUUCUGCCGGGGAUGCGACGGGAACAAGUCGGGGAUCCCAUGGAAGUGUCUUCCUUGUGUGAAGACGAUGGAACUGGCGUACAUGGAGGAGCUUCAGAGGCAGGAGGAGCUCAACAACAGCCUGCAGCAGGAGAUGCUUGCUAUCCGAGUAGGAGAGGUGAGCUUGCGUGACAGAAUGCACGACAAGCAGAAGGAGGUGUCGCAACUGAGCAUCGAGCUCAACGAAAGCGAAUCUCGCUCGCGAAUUCAGAGCGAACACGAGCAGGAGCUCGUCAAGUACGUCAAGCUCGGGAAGGAGAAGCAUGAUAGCAUGGUCAGAAUUCAGAGUGAAAUCCUGAGAGAAAACGCUCGGUUGCAUGAAGCAGCUCAAUCGGCUAACGAAGAGCUUACAAGAAUCAGCCACAUUAAUCGUGACCUUGAGUACUCCAACCAAAAGAUGCGCGAAGAGAACGACAGGCUGCACGGGCAGAUCGCUCUUCUCAUGGAUACGAUCAGCUCCCUCCGGUUCUGA